GCAGCAGAGUACAGGGGCGGGGAGGGGGCGCAGUCGGACCUCACAUUCAUUAACGACCACCGACACAACCGGGAAGCCUCCUCCGGUAGCAUCACGGCGUUCACCGACACACGACCGGGGAAGAUGGUCGCAGUGCACACGUCGCCCAAUUCGUCUCCGUCCGCGGAGUGGAUCUGCUGUCUGGAUAAAAGGCCCUCGGAGCGCUCGGGAGAGGAUGUGGACAUUAUUCUGACCAGAUUGAGAGAGGUCAAAGCCUUCCACAGGUUCCCACCUCCGCUCUUACUGCAGAUCUGUGCAUGUGCCUUCUAUGAAUGCCUGGAGAAAGGCAUCACGUUGUUUCGACAGGGAGACAUAGGCACCAGCUGGUAUGCAGUCCUGUCUGGUUCUCUGGAUGUCAAAGUGUCAGAAACUGCCAACCACCAGGAUGCAGUCACUAUCUGCACACUGGGGAUCGGGACAGCGUUCGGGGAGUCCAUCCUGGACAACACACCACGCCACGCUACCAUUGUCAGCAGAGAGACCAGCGAGCUGCUCCGUAUCGAGCAGAGGGAAUUCAAGAGCCUCUGGGAGAAGUAUCGUCAGAGCUUGGCUGGACUGUUGGCCCCUCCUUAUGGAGCUAUGGAGAGUGGAUCCAACAAUGACAGACUCGCAGACAAAGACAACAUGAACUCGGACUCUGCAAACAAAGCUCACAACAAGAUCUCUUCAGAGAAGCUGCAGAGAGCGGGGAAGGUUCUCCGCAACGUCAUCCUGUCCAGAGCCCCACACAUGAUUCGAGACAGGAAGUACCACCUCAAGACAUACAGACAAUGCUGUGUGGGCACAGAGCUGGUGGAUUGGUUGGUGCUGCAGAGUGCCUGUGUUCUCACACGCUCCCAUGCUGUUGGGAUGUGGCAGACACUACUAGAAGAAGGGGUGCUCAACCACGUGGACCAGGACCUGGGUUUCCAGGACAAGUACCUGUUCUACCGUUUUCUUGACGAUGAGGAUCAGGACACGCCGUUGCCUGGUGAGGAAGAGAAGAGGGAGAGUGAGGAAGAGCUGCCAGAGACCGUCCUGUUCCUUGCUCAGAUUGGCCCUGACGCACUGCUGCGCAUGAUCCUCAGGAAAUCGCCUGGUCAGAGGACAGGGGAUGACCUAGAGAUCAUCUAUGAUGAGCUGCUUCACAUCAAGGCCUUAGCUCACCUCUCCAACACUGUGAAGAGGGAACUGGCGAGCGUCGUGAUCUUCGAGUCACAUGCAAAAGCUGGAACCGUGUUGUUCAACCAAGGAGAGGAGGGCACAUCAUGGUACAUCAUCCAGAAGGGCUCUGUCAAUGUGGUUAUCUACGGCAAGGGUGUGGUGUGUACGCUCCACGAGGGUGAUGACUUUGGGAAGUUGGCCCUGGUUACAGAUUCACCUCGUGCCGCCUCCAUCGUCCUGAGAGAGGACAACUGUCAUUUCCUGCGUGUGGAUAAGGAAGACUUCAACAGGAUACUCAGGGAUGUGGAAGCCAACACAGUGCGUUUGAAAGAGCAUGAACAAGCUGUGCUGGUGUUAGAAAAGAGUCCUCGCGCCUCCACCCUGGGAAGCAUCAAGUACACUGUGAUAUCAGGAACGCCAGAGAAGAUUCUCGAGCACUUCCUGGAAGCCAUGAGGAUGGACAUACAUCACAGUGAACCAGACCCAGCAGUGGAUGAUUUUGUCCUCAUGCACAGUAUCUUCAUGCCCAGCAGCCAGCUGUGCCCUCUACUCAUGGCUCACUACCAUGCGGCGUCUCCGCCCGGCUCUGAACAGGAGAGGUUGGAGUAUGCGCUCAACAGUAAGAGGAGGGCCCUCAUUCUGGCCCUGCGCUGGGCUAAAACACACACGUACCUGCUUCAGGAGGAGCCUUCUGCAAUCUCUUUCCUCGAGGAGUUGUAUGGGAGCUUAUCAAAUGAUUCUCGGGUGUUGAGAGCUCUGAAAGACUUUGUUCCUGACCUGGAGAAAGUUGUCAAAUUACAAUCGGAAGAAGCCAAAUCCAUAAAAAAGAAAACGCUAAUACGACAGUUCAGCAAUGGAGAGGAAAGGCUGCAGAAGAAACAGCCCAUUAGGAAUCAUGAUGACAUCCUAUUGAAGGUGUACUGCGGUGAUCACACAUACACUACUAUCCGGGUUGCCGUGGCAGCAACGGGAAGAGAAGUGAUCAGCGCUGUGGCUGACAAACUUGGCACCACUGAUGAGCUCGUGUUGGUCCACCUCAGCUCUGCAAGUGAAAAACAAAUCCUAAAGCCUAAUGACGUUUCAGUGUUUUCCACUCUGAGCAUCAACGGCCGAUUAUUUGCCUGUCCUCGAGACCAGCUCAACAGUCUGACUCCCCUCCCAGACCAGGAGGGUCCCUCUGCAGGCUCCAUGUCAACCUUUGAGCUGAUGAGCUCUAAGGACCUGGCUUACCAAAUGACCAUGUAUGACUGGGAGCUCUUCAGCUGUAUGCAUGAGCAUGAGCUGCUCUACCACACGUUUGGCCGGCAGAGCUUUAGAAGAACCACGGCUAAUCUGGACCUGUUUCUGCGGAGGUUCAACCAGGUUCAGCUGUGGGUGGUCACUGAGGUGUGCCUCUGCGGACAGCUCAGCAAGAGAGUCCAGCUCCUCAAGAAGUUCAUCAAGAUCGCUGCACACUGUCGGGAGUUUAAGAACCUGAAUUCAUUCUUUGCCAUCAUCAUGGGGAUGAGCAACCCUGCAGUCAGCAGAUUGAGCCAGACGUGGGAGAAACUCCCCACCAAGUUUAAGAAGUUCUACGCUGAGUUUGAGAGUAUGAUGGACCCAUCAAGAAACCACCGGUCCUACCGGCUCACUGUCACCAAACUGGAGCCGCCUAUCAUCCCCUUCAUGCCCCUCCUUCUCAAAGACAUGACAUUUACACAUGAGGGCAACAAGACCUUCAUUGACAAUAUGGUCAAUUUUGAGAAAAUGCGUAUUAUAGCGAACACAAUUCGGCAAGUGAGGCACUGUAGAAGCCAACCAUUCAAUCCCGAGAUAUGCCAACCCAACAAAAACCAAGCAGAUGUACGGGGUUACGUUAGAAAGCUCUGCGUGAUCGACAACCAGAGGGCACUGACGCAGCUCUCCUACAGGAUGGAGCCUCGGCGGACAUGAGCUCCAGAUCUUCCACCGCCAUCGCCUUUUCUAUGACAUUAGCAUAAAAACACACACACACACACACACACACACACACACACACACACACACACACACACACACACACACACACACACACAUUACCUGGAUAAAAUAACUCAACUCGACUGGCCGUUUAGUAGCGAAUCACAACGGUCAAUGACUUUAGCACUACCAUGAGCUAUUCUGGAUGAAGGACUUAUAUAUAAUAUGUGCCAUUACAGUCCUCUUGUUCCUGGACAGACCGAAACUGUUCAGCUGCUCUUUCGUGGCUCUGUCUGAGGGUUUUAACCGUACUAGUUGUUACUGUUUGGGACCUGUUAGAUAGAACUGUAAUGUAUAGAACUUGAAUCGAUAUCCUGCAUGACUGAACUUCAAAGGCUUUGUGUUCUAUACAGUGGAUUUCUAUCGGAGUGUCCUGUAAUGUUGUGCUACCCCCCCAAAAUAGCCCUAGUUUACAAUAUAUUACUGUACCUGCCUGUAAAGCAAACCUUACUCUCCUGAUGGUCAGACUCAUAGACAGAAAACCCCAUAAACUGCAGUAACCCAGACUCUUCAUUCGCCUUGUUGGAUUUACGGAUAAAUAUGAAAGUACUUAUUUACUUCAUAAUCUACAUGAUUAUAUCCAGCUCUUUAGGAUGUCCUUUAGGUAAAUAGCAGUGUCCCUUAACUAGCCAGACACUUCAAAACUACUAGACAGAGUAUUAGUUGGAUUAAAGCCCUAAUUGUACUGCAAACAGUGUUAAAAUUUUACACAGCAGUAUUGUGUUUUAUUUUUCAUCGGAGAAAAGCUCCUGUAGGAUAUGAAUUAUGAUCUGUUAUGAGGUCAGUUGUCUAACCAAAUUGUACUUCUUUUGAUUUGGAAUCACUGACCCUAGAUGCAUAGGCGACUUGUACUUUGAGGGGGGAAAUCUUGUCAUCUCAGUCCGUGUAAUUUAAUUUAUAUAUAUGUGGGUGUAGAUUGUGAGUGUGUUCUUGACAAGUGUCAUUCAUUUUCCUUUGAUCUCAGGAGCUUCUGAUGUGACAGUGUGUGUGUGUGUGUGUGUGUGUCGAGAACUGGUGUAAAGGCUGGCUUUUCCCCCAGAGCAGCCUGUAACUGUACUUGUAUGUGUGGUCUGCCUUGUAAAUAAAAAAUAAAAAAGCUAAUUUAACAGUG